AUAGCGUGUUUUACAGCACUGUGACUUGCUCUACGUUCUUUUCACGUCUGUAAAAUGUAAAACAAAAAUUUCAUUUUAUUGCACUUAAAGCGACACAGUCCAACCAAAAAAGAAAGAAAAGAAACCAACGUAUUUUUUUUUAGUGCAAUUGUGUAGUAAAUCAACAUCCAUACCCAUGUUAACCGAAGCCCCCAUGGCCAGUGACAACAUAAUGGACGAACUAGCAUCAUUGAUACGCACCGAAAUCCCCGAUGGCCGCCAGAGUCUGCGCGACAGCUACACGAAUCUGGAGCGUGUCGCCGACUACUGCGAGGACACCUACUAUCGUGCCGAGAACAAGAAGGCCGCCCUCGAGGCCACCAAGAACUACACAACCCAAUCCCUGGCCAGUGUAGCGUAUCAGAUCAACACCUUGGCCUACAGCUAUAUGCAACUGUUGGAUUUGCAGGCGCAGCAGCUCAGCGAGAUGGAGUCCCAAAUGAAUCACAUUGCUCAGACGGUCCACAUACACAAGGAGAAAGUGGCCAGGCGCGAGAUUGGCGUCCUGACAGCGAAUAAAGUGAGCUCACGCCAGUUCAAGAUUGUGGCGCCCAUCAAUCCGGAGAAGCCCAUCAAGUAUGUGCGCAAGCCCAUCGACUAUUCCAUACUGGACGAGAUUGGCCAUGGCAUCAACUCGUCGGCCCAGCACGUUGUGCGCCAGAAGCAUCGCGGCUCGAGUCAUGGAUCGGUGCAAUCGCUUGUGCCGUCAUCGGUGGGCCCUCCGCCCACCACAAAGCCACCAACGCCGCCGCAAAUGUCGCGUGCGGGUAACACGGGCACCUUGGGCAAAUCGGUAAGCAAUACGGGCACGCUAGGCAAGAGUUCGCGAGAGUAUCGUACACCACCGGUGGUUAAUCCGCCCCAGGUGCCGUCGCACUAUGCGCCCAACUAUCCCAUUGGGCAUCCCAAGCGUAUGUCGACGGCCUCGUCCACCACCACCAAUACCACGGGCGGCGGUGCAGCGGGCAAUGAGCGUGCCGCCGGCUACAGUGCGCUUCCCAUGCCGCCUAGCCAGCAAAUUGCGACGCAUGUGAAUCUACCGUCGGCGGGCAUGAUGCAAUCGCUGCCGCCACCGCCGCCAACGACUUACGAUGACAGGAGCAGCAUGCCACCAGCACCUCCUUCGCCGCUGACCGUAUCGCAGCAUGAGAUGACCGAACAGAGCCACAUUGGAAUGCACACGCUUGGCCGCAACAUCAACAGAAAUCAUUUCAGUUUGAACUUUGCACGUCCUGGUUCGCAAUCGCCUCCAUUGCCACCACCGCCGCCGCCGGAGGAUGAGCAUCAAGACUUUGGACGUCCACGCACUUCCACUGGCCCUCAAUUGGCGCCCAUUGUGCCAGAAGAUCAGAACUUGCCCGGCUGGGUGCCCAAAAACUAUAUCGAAAAGGUGGUCGCAAUUUAUGAUUAUUAUGCCGACAAAGAUGAUGAGCUCAGUUUCCAGGAGAGCUCCGUUUUGUAUGUGCUGAAAAAGAAUGACGAUGGCUGGUGGGAGGGUGUUAUGGAUGGUGUAACCGGUCUGUUCCCUGGCAAUUAUGUGGAGCCAUGCGUCUAAGCACUGCCAAUGGAAUCAACAACAAUAACAAUAAUAUGCAUUAUGACAAAGACGAUAACGAUUUGCGCAUAGAAGUUAAUGAUAAUUAUACAACUACAGCCACAGUGCACGCUCGUAAAAGUAUUCCACUAGCAUAAACCGAAUGGCAACAAGCUGCAUCUACACACACACAUGCAUAUGUACUUUAAUAUGUAUAACACACACAUACAAGCACACGUACACACACACACAGUCCUAUGAGUAUACAAGACACUCCAGCAACAAUUGUCAAAGCAUUUAUAUGAUCUACGUAACGUAAACUAUAAACUAAUUAAAUAACCUAAAUAGCCGAAAAUAGCCCAAAGUAACGAAAAAUGCAAGAGAAAUUGAAAUACACAUUAAUAUUACCUAUUUAGUACAUAUACUGAUAUAGACGAAUUCGGCCCCCAAGUCAGUUAUGAAGUGUUUAAAUAUUUGCUAGUGUUUAUAACAAUUUUGUAAGGCGCUUUCUUUUUUGUGUUUACAUUGCGCUUGGGUUUUGACCGAACGACCCAUUUUGCCACACCACCUCACCACUCCCACACACACACACACACCCAACCCCCGCGCAGUGUCGUAGGUUAUACGAAUUUCAGUUAGCCCUUAAGUAUGGGCCAAUUGGUAUUGCGUUUAAUAUUUUUUUGUAAUACUACAUUCUACCCAACACACUUACAAAUAAUUAUGCAGAGAUAUUAUUUGCGAUUAUACUAAAGAUUUAGUUAACAUGAAAUUACCACAAUGAAAUCAAAUUACAUUUAUAAAAUAUACAGCCACAUGCAUUAUAUGGUCAAAUAGCUAAUAAAAUUUCGAAAUUUCAAA